CAAAUUUAGAAAAGUGAAGGCCUCUCCAACGAGGGGACAUUUGGACAAUGUAAGGUGGCAGCUAUGUGAAAUGCUAAGCAAAGACAUCUUACACUGAGGGAAAGGCACGCACAGGGUCCAGAGGCUGAUCAAGCUCUGAGCGUCUGAAGGACAGGAAGGUGCUCCUGCAGGUGAAGCAGGAGGCGGAAGAGGCAGGCGGGAACACGAGUCAGGUUAUUCAGCAAUAGUUAUGACCUCCCGGUUACGUGCGCUGGGUGGAAGAAUUAACAACAUACGCACCUCGGAAUUACCCAAAGAGAAAGCUCGAUCUGAAGUCCUCUGCAGCAUACGAUUUUUAGAUGGCUUGGUACAGACCUUUAAAGUUAAUAAACAAGACACUGGCCAGUCACUUUUGGAUAUGGCGUAUGCCCACCUGGGUGUGACGGAAAAGGAGUAUUUUGGUUUGCAACAUGGUGAAGACUCAGUAGACUCCCCUAGAUGGCUUGAAUCAAGCAAACCUAUCAGGAAGCAGCUGAAAGGAGGUUACCCCUGUUCCCUGCAUUUUCGAGUAAGAUUUUUUAUACCUGAUCCCAACACACUGCAGCAAGAACAAACCAGGCACUUGUAUUUCUUACAACUGAAGAUGGAUAUUUGUGAAGGAAGGUUAACCUGCCCCCUGAAUUCAGCAGUGGUGCUGGCUUCCUAUGCAGUACAAUCUCAUUUUGGAGACUUUAAUCCUUCCAUACAUCAUCCGGGCUACCUUGCGGACAGCCAGUUCAUACCAGAUCAGAAUGAUGACUUCCUGACCAAGGUGGGAUCUCUGCAUGAGCAGCACAGUGGGCUAAAGCAGUCAGAAGCCGAAUCAUGCUACAUCAACAUAGCCCGGACUCUCGACUUCUACGGAGUGGAGCUGCACAGUGGUAGAGAUCUGCACAAUUUAGAGCUAAUGAUUGGAAUUGCUUCUGCGGGCAUUGCUGUGUACCGAAAAUACAUUUGUACAAGUUUCUAUCCUUGGGUGAAUAUCCUCAAGAUUUCUUUCAAAAGGAAAAAGUUCUUUAUACAUCAAAGGCAAAAGCAGCCUGAGUCCAGGGAACAUAUCGUGGCCUUCAACAUGCUAAAUUACCGAUCUUGCAAAAAUUUGUGGAAAUCCUGUGUUGAGCACCAUACCUUCUUUCAGGCAAAGAAGUUACUACCUCAAGAAAAGAAUGUUCUGUCUCAGUACUGGACUCUGGGCUCCAGGAACCCCAAGAAGUCUGUAAAUAACCAAUACUGCAAGAAGUUGAUUGGAGGCAUGGUGUGGAACCCCGUCAUGCGGAGGUCCUUAUCAGUAGAACAUCUAGAAACCAAGAGCUUGCCUUCCCGGUCGCCUCCAAUCACUCCCAACUGGCGAAGUCCUCGGCUCCGGCAUGAGAUCCGAAAACCCCGCCACUCCUCUGCGGAUAACCUCGCAAACGAGAUGACAUACAUUACAGAGACUGAAGAUGUGUUUUACACCUAUAAGGGCUCCCUGUCCCCCAAAGACAGCGAUUCCGAAGUUUCUCAGAACCGCAGCCCGCAGCGAGAGAGUUUAUCUGAGAACAACCCAGCACAGGGCUGCCUGACCCAGAAGUCAUCCAGUUCUGUGUCUCCAUCUUCAAAUGCUCCAGGCUCCUGCUCACCAGAUGGGGUCGACCAGCAAUUCUUAGAGGACUAUCACAGGGUAACCAAAGGGGGCUCCACCGAGGACACCGGCCAGUACUACUGUGACAAGAAUGAUAAUGGGGACAGCUACUUAGUUUUGAUCCGCAUUACGCCAGAUGAAGAUGGAAAAUUUGGAUUUAACCUUAAGGGAGGAGUGGAUCAGAAGAUGCCUCUUGUAGUCUCAAGGAUAAACCCAGAGUCGCCUGCUGAUACCUGCAUUCCUAAGCUGAACGAAGGGGAUCAGAUUGUGCUGAUCAAUGGCCGGGACAUCUCAGAACACACCCAUGACCAGGUGGUGAUGUUCAUCAAAGCCAGCCGGGAGUCCCACUCAAGGGAGCUGGCCCUGGUGAUCCGGAGGAAAGCUGUCCACUCGUUUGCCGAAAUCAGAUCUGAAGAUGAACUGAGCCAGCUUUUCCCAGAGGCCAUUUUCCCCAUGUGUGCAGAGGGCGGGAGCACUUUGGAGGGAUCCAUGGAGCUGCUAAAGAAGGGCCUCGAGAGUGGGACAGUGCUGAUCCAGUUUGAGCAACUCUACAAAAAGAAGCCAGGCUUGGCCAUCACCUGUGCGAAGCUGCCCCAAAACCUGGACAAGAACCGCUAUAAAGACGUGCUGCCUUAUGACACCACCCGGGUAUUACUGCAGGGACAUGAAGAUUAUAUUAAUGCAAGUUAUGUGAAUAUGGAAAUUCCUGCUGCUAGCCUUAUGAAUAAGUAUAUUGCCGCUCAGGGACCCCUGCCACAUACCUGUGCACAAUUUUGGCAAGUCGUCUGGGAUCAGAAGUUGUCAUUGAUUGUCAUGUUGACAACUCUCACAGAGCGAGGGCGGACCAAGUGUCACCAGUACUGGCCUGAUCCCCCGGAUGUUAUGGACCACGGCAUCUUUCAUAUUCAGUGUCAGUCAGAGGACUGUACCAUCGCCUAUGUGUCCCGAGAAAUGCUGGUCACAAACACUGAGACUGGGGAAGAACACACGGUGACACAUCUGCAGUAUGUGGCGUGGCCUGAUCAUGGUGUGCCUGAUGAUUCCUCAGACUUCCUGGAAUUUGUGAGCUCUGUGAGGUCCCUGCGGGUGGAUGGUGAGCCAGUCUUAGUUCACUGCAGUGCUGGAAUAGGUCGAACUGGUGUGUUGGUCACUAUGGAAACAGCCAUGUGCUUAAUUGAGAGAAAUCUGCCGGUUUGUCCAUUGGAUAUUGUCCGAAAGAUGCGAGACCAGCGUGCCAUGAUGGUACAGACAUCAAGCCAGUACAAGUUUGUAUGUGAAGCGAUUCUUCGUGUGUUUGAAGAAGGCAUAGUCCAGAUGCUGGAUCCCAGUUAGGACAACUGUGAAGCAUUCAUUCCUUGUCCUUAAGGGCACCCUUCUCAGGAGAGGGGGUCAUGCCCUCCUCUGGAAGCCACAGGAGGAACCGGGAGCUGUGGGAAGGGAAUGAGCAUGUUUGAACUCAGCACUUUAAGUUUCUGUAGAAAAGGUAUUGUGUACAUAGCUCUAGAUACGCAUGCAACUAUGGCUUCCUUUAAGCCCAGGGAAAGAAGCACAAGGGGAUUUCACAUGGGACCUGUCCCACCACCUUCCUCCCUACAUCUUACCAUGUCAGCCAUGCUUGGGCACCUGGGAGGGUUCACCUGCAGCGCUGCACACUUCCCAGAAGCCAGGUAGCAUGGCUGUGUGAGGUUGCUCAGGUAUUGGAAUGUGUGCAGGGGGCUGGGGGCUGAGUGUCCCAUGCUUGCAAAUGGAGCAGAGCAGCUCAGUCAGCCAGCACCCCUACACCAACACAGGGCACCAGGAACCAGGCUGAAGGACAAGCAGUGCCUCUGCUGUCCUCCCCUGCAUCUCCAGCCUGGCCCUGUCAGUACUUGGUUCCUGGGGCUGCAUCCAGAGCAGCCUCUUCUCCUCAGUUCUGCCCCUCUGUUCACACCCUGCCAGCCCAGCGAACGGUGUUUGUCCAGGCAGCUCCAGCCGGGACUCUGGGUGAUGCUCUGUCUUAGCUCCAGAAGCAGGUGUGUCUCUUGCCUUCGCUAGCCUCUUACUGUACAGUCAGACUCCAGGACUGGAUUCCCCCCGACUACUGAAUCUACUACAUGGAUUGCUGCUACUUCAUGCUAUCACACUCAAGACAGGAGGAUUUUCCCAAGUGGGAGGGGAUGAUAGCAUUCAGAAUUUUUGGCCCUUCUGAGAAAAGACCUGCUAGUAAGUGACUGUGGGAAACCCUUCUUCUCAAGGGUUCCCUGUGGGUGUGUACAUGUGUGUGAGUGUGCGUGCGUGUGCCCUUCCACGGUGAGUGUUUCUCAAGAUUCCUAACUUAACUCAAAUUACCAUUGAGUUUAUAUAAGAAAUGAGUCUCUGUACAGAAGAACAAAUGUGUGUAUUCACCCUCAGUUACAAUGGUCUCCAUUUCAUUUCAGAGGAGAGGAUCAAACUGUCUGAACAGAAACACAAUUCGAUGUUAAUUUAUUCGAAGUAUCCCAGGAUUUUGAUUGUUCUAAAGAAUUCUGCUUUUGUGAAUACUGUGUUAAAUUUUUUUAAAAAUUUGUGACAGGAUUGUAGCAAAGUAUUAUUUAAGGAAAAUAAAUUACAUCAACAUUUUAACGUGGUAUUUUUAAAUAGCAGUUUUUGUGUAUCCAGAAAAGGAAGCUAAGCCAGUUCGUUAACGGUAUAUAUUGCAAAUUUUCAUGGCCUGCAUAGAUGAAACCAUUUUAAUAUUAGGAAACUCUGGACCAAUUAAAAAUCAGUUCCUGGUUUCAAGAAUUGAUAAUAAGGACCUCCUGAAAGGGCCAGGUUUCUAAUAGAGGUUCUUUAUCUGCAGAUCCAGUGUAUUUACUUGCACACUUGCUGUCUUUGCCCUGCAUGUAUUUUACCGCUAAAUGGCCUGGGUAGAAGGAGGCUAUUCCCAAUGUGGAACCCUAUGCUGUAUGGCACAAAAAUAAUGCAGAGUCUAGCACUGCGGCCUGGGCGAUUGAGUUCCUGUUCCCAGUCAGUGCUAGCUAGCUCCCACCCGAGACACCUAGGCGCUGGACCUCCAUUUCCUUUACCUAUAAAAUAAGAAAAAACAGUACUUAGCUAUUCAAGUUGAACACAGAAACAGAGGAAGUUCACGCCAUGAAUGUGAAUUUUCUUCAGUUGGAGUGUAAACUGACACUGCAAUGGGAUAGGUUACUUGGAAAAGCUGAUUUUUCCCAUGGUCAGCCCCAAAACACAUCAGACAGAAGUAAAGUCCAGUAAGGUUUUGUGAGGUGAGAGAAAAAUGUUCUUCUAGGACAGAGCAGAAGCACAAAGAGUGUUGCAGCAGCACCUUUAUUCAGUUGACCCAGAACAAAGUGCUCUCCGCAAGGUACAAGAACAAAGAGGGUGCUGGCAUAAAUUUAAAUGCCAUCCAGAUGUUUAGCAAAUUUAGCCACUCAAUAAAAAUAUAUCACCACUCUAUGUAUAAAAGCUUGAGAAGUGUAAAUGUCUUUAAAGAUGGUGUUUUUUUUUUUUUAAGCAAAUUGUUUAAUGUGGCUGCAGAAACACUGUCAUUAUGGUUACAUUCUAAAAAGCUUGCCCAAGGUUCAGCCAGCCUUUGCUGCUGCUGCGCAGACCAGCAAUUCAGACCCUACAGAUGUUGCCAGAAAGAAAAUCCAUGAAAUCCUGGGAAGAACAAAACAAGAAAAUUAUCUAAAGGAACAAAAUAUCCACGUAGACACUAUAUAUAUUAUCAUUAAAAAUCCAUAGCUCCCUUAGAAAUGUCUGUAAUUCUUAAGAAAUUCUUUUUUCAUCCAUCUCAGAGUUGGGGUAAAUAUUUUGCCUGAGAAAUUCGGUUGGAUGUGACUGGAGAAGACAUUUCUGGUGCUUUUAGGAGAUCUAAUUAGAUGCCCUGAUGUGCAGACUUAAUUGGAAUGAGAGGGCCCCGCUGGUGUCACUCUAGAACCUGCACUCUCUGGUUUGACUUAGAAAAAGAUUCAGCUCAGUUUGGUUGGGCUAAGGAGGUGGGGUAGUUGAAUCCCAAACCGGUGCCUGUCUUUCAUUUCUUGCCACGAUAAUUCAUACUUAAGUAUGCUCUGAGAUGAGUGUAGAGGCUAUUGCUCCUCUGUGGUUGUUUGGCCUGUUUUUGUCCCUCAGACAUUAGUAUUUAGGCAGCAAUAUGUAGCGAAGAGCUCCUGUGAGAAGCAGGACUUGGCCAGAUCUGGACUUGGCAAGAUUCAUCGCCCUCAGUUUUCUCAUAUGGAAAAGGGGGUGAUUACACAGGAGGAGGGAAGCUCAAGGCCUGCCGUUCUGGGAGUCCGAUGCUCCCGAGAAGCAAAACUGACCCUUCAUCACAUUGCCACAACUGCCAGAGACAGAUGUAUCUCGCUUCUGCGGCUCUGCCCUGUAAGGUUGUCCCUCAGGCCUUGGCAUUGUUGGAUGGGAAAACGAGGACUGCCGCCCUCUGACUCUCUUCUGUCUGCCGAGCUAAGAGCAAGGUCUGCGAAGACGGCCACGCCUCCGUGAUGACGUCAGUCGGGCAACCCAACUGGUCCCGGGCUGGGUUAAGCCCGCCCCGUUAUGGGUUCAGGCACUGUUUGGAGCAACCAAAGGAUUGGGUGAAGCCAUGUUGUUUUGAAAAGUAUCUUAAUUGAUCAGCAAUAUUUUUCUGUAAAUUUGGAAUGUUUUUCAUUCUGACCUGUUCUGUCAGUGACUACUGAAAAACAGUUUAAUCAAUAUAAAAACACUCAAGCUAUGCAACACUA